AAGCGGCGAGCACACAUCGUUUCUCGCGCGUGUUCUCCGCAGCCGCGACCGCCCGACCGAUCGAUACGUGUUUAUUGUACGCCGUCACGCCGAGCGCACCGCGAUCGUCAGUGAGUAGUUUAUGCGAGCGUCUAUUUGAUCGGAGCAUCGCAUUGCAUCGCGAACGCACAACAAAAAAAAAAGCGUGUGAAAAUUUAUUUACAAGAAAAAUAAUCAAAACAAAGCAGAGUGAAAAUGCAGAACAAGCUAGAAUAGCAUUGGUGCCACAAGUGUGUUUCCCCUAUGAAGAACCAACGGUGAAGCGUGCAAGCGAUUAAUACAGUGCAAUCUUUGAAGUGCAGUUUUGAGCAGUUUUGUUUAAUUUGUGAUAAUUUGAGAAAAGUGGAAACGGGGGAGAAAAAGUGUUUCAUUAGUGUGUGGCAAAUGAUGUCAGAGUCAGAGUGAUAAGAGCAUGAAAAUGUGCAUCGUCUGAGCGAUACCAACCACAGUGCAGUGAGUUUAAAAAAAAGUGUCUCUGUGAGAGAGUUUGUGUUAGAAAAGAUUACAACAACAACAACAACAAAAGUUCACAAGUCAACUCGGGUCACGUGCAAAGAGAAAGAAAACAUGUUGCAGCAUCCGUCGACCGAUUACUACGAGCUAUCGUCGGUGGCCAUCAAACAGACGCCCCCAACGUUUAGUCCGCAAAGUGGUGGCGGCGGUGGAGUGGGUGACGGAGGUACUGGGGGUGGCGGUGGAGCACUCGGUAUCAACAGCAAUAACAACAACAACAACAACAACAACAAUAGCAAUAGUGUGAAUAAUAAUAACAACAACAACAACACAGGCAGCGUGCCGAGCGACGCUGAUCUGGAGCUGAUUGCGCAGAAUGGGUCGGCCGCCGAUCGCGAGUCGCUGCCCAGCUUCGGCUUCACCCAGGAGCAGGUGGCAUGCGUUUGUGAGGUUCUUCAGCAGGCGGGCAACGUGGAACGGUUAGGGCGGUUUCUCUGGUCCCUGCCACAGUGUGAUAAGCUGCAGCUGCACGAGUCCGUCCUGAAGGCGAAGGCGGUCGUCGCGUUUCAUCGCGGCAACUUCAAGGAGCUGUACCGGCUGCUCGAACACCACCAGUACUCACCGCACAACCAUGCCAAACUGCAGGCCCUGUGGCUAAAAGCACACUACGUAGAGGCGGAAAAGCUCCGCGGACGACCAUUGGGCGCGGUCGGUAAAUAUCGCGUCCGGCGCAAAUUCCCACUGCCACGCACAAUCUGGGACGGGGAGGAAACGAGCUACUGUUUUAAGGAAAAAUCAAGAUCGGUCCUGCGCGAUUGGUACACCCAUAAUCCUUACCCAUCGCCGAGGGAAAAGCGAGAGCUGGCCGAAGCAACCGGAUUAACGACGACGCAGGUUUCGAACUGGUUCAAGAACCGACGACAGCGCGAUCGGGCAGCUGAGCACAAAGAUACUGGUGAAUCGGACAAACAGCACCUUGACUCAUCGAGCGACUCGGACAUGGAGGGUCCCAGUUUGGCAUCGAUGGCGUCCGGCAAUGGUGUGGGAGGCCCGGGUGGCGUUCUGCACGCCACCACCGGCGGUGGAAUGCAUCUCGGCACGAGCGGUGGCACCCUUACGUCCGCCGCGUCCGGAGGAGUUACGGCCGGCGUACUGGGUGGCGGUACAACCGUUGGUCCCGGAGCGGGCGGUGGCGUUGGGCUUGGUUCCACGGGGUCCUUGGAGCAUCAUCAUCAGCACGUCGGUGGCCACGCGCACCACACCCACCAUCAAGGUACGGCAGCACAUGCGCACACAGCCGGUGGACAAGGACAACAGCAGCAGCAGCAGCAGCAACAGCAAGGACAAGCGCAUACGCACCACAACCAUCAACAGGCACAGCAGCACCAGCAGCACCAGCAGCAGCAGCAACAACAGCAGCAGCACCACCAUCAUCACCAUCACCAUCAUCAGCCGCAACCGCUCGGUACGCGAAAUGGCAACCUGAUGAACAUUGGGCCCGGCGUGGGCAGCAAAUCGACCUCGAUCGGAUCGUUGUCGGCUGCGGCCGCCUAUUCGCACUUUCACAACGUGAUGGGCUCGAUGCCACUGUACGAUAUUGGGGACUAUCAGCACUUAUGAUUUUAAGCAAGGUCCUGCCUCGGGUUUUCGAGGAGAGAAAGAAAAAAGAAACAAAACGCACGCGCACGCGAACUUUAACUAGUGAAAUUAACACAAACUACUCAAAUCUCAAACUAUCGCCCGGCGUAUGCGUCUUGACUCUUCUGUGUGUAAUCAAAAUAUUUUUUUUAUUAUUUUCUUCUCGCUAAGAAUAGUAUAUUUAAAUGGAAAUGAAUGCAUAUACUAGACAAACUGUA